CUUUAUUUUCUCCUACCAAGUUAUCUGUAUUAGGUAAUACAUUCGCAUAUCUCGGCAAUAUAUAGUCUCAAUAUACACAUGUUUAUUGUACUAUGAAACAUUUAACCUGAAAAGAAGUCAUGCUCAAGACACUCAUUUUCUUUGGAGGAUUAACAUGUCUAUCAGUCAACUCACAAGGUCUAGCCAUUGACUUUAUAAAGGAGAGAGCCGAUAACUCAACUUACGCCGUAAAUGACGUCAUUGCUGACAAAACUAGUAAAGAGAGACUGCAUAUUUUGUGCCGCACAGAUACAUGUCUUGGAAACAUGCCCGAACAUAAUGAUUAUGGGAAAUUGGUUGCGCUUAUAACUGGAGUUGUCGUGUGUACAAUUCUGGUAGCAGCUUUGGUGACUGUUUUAAUACGAAAGCGUUGGAACACGCUAUCGAAUGAACAAACAAAUCUACGCGAUAACGACACUACGUGA